AUGGCUUGUCAAAAGAGGGCAGCAUUCGGGAAAUCCUUAAUUGAAAUAUUACAACAACAAUCCAAUACAAACAACAAUCUAUCACUCUUAAAAAUGCUCGCUAUUACUUCUCGCACUGCCUCUAUUGUCCUCGUUCCCGUUACAUCUCUUGCCGGUUACGCUACUUAUGUUCGCUCCACUGCUGAACCCACUCAAGCUUAUGGUCAAUACAUGAAGAAUGAAGGUCUUAAUCAAACCCACCACAUGAAGUGGAGAAAGUUCAACAACGGUCUCAGUCUUAACGAUGUUGGUCGUAGUGGUGGAGGACUCUAAAUUUCUUGGUCCUCGGCUGGACCGUGCUUACUUCCUAAACAUCCUUUGACACAAACAUAUAUAUAUACCAUUUCCAACCUCAUUUUUCCUUUUACAUACAAUAAAUUUUUUAACAAAUAUAUAACUUU